CAAGGCCAUACAAAAUAGCUGAAUUUGAGAUUAUAUUCGGAGAGGGUGUCGGUAAGCUGGGUUGCAUUUUAGAUUGUGCAGAAAUGAUGGAUAUUGUCUUAAAGAAAGGCUCUUGGUACAGCUAUGGGGACCAUCGGUUGGGACAGGGAAGGGACAAAGCAAUACAGUACUUGAAAGAGAACACACAUCUUUUAGAAGAAAUUGAAAAGGUAGUUAGGUCUUCAUUGAUUGAUGGUACUAGCCUAACAAGCCUUGCAUACACAAAGAAUAGUCCAGCGCUCCGUCAAGAUGAUGAUAUAUUUGAGGAAAGUCAAGGAUAAGCAAUUUGUUAUUUCUGACUAGUUUGGGUGAUAGGUUGCAAGCUGAUAAAAUUAGAAAAAUUCUUUCUUCACAUCAAAUUGAAGUGGAGGUCGCUUUGAUGAUUAGGCCAUUUAUUGGUUCAUCCUCUUGCAUUGGUAAAUGUUAAUGAAUCUGAUGGCAUGAGAAUCAUUAGAAAUACAAAAGGGUGGAAAUGAAAGUUUAACGAGUAUGAGUGAUUGUUUUUUCAACUCAAUGUUCAAUGAGUGCCCAAUCAUG